GUGCUGUUCCCACGAGAAGGUGGGCUGCCCUGGCUACCACUACGCCGACGCUGGGGGCGGUGGGCAAACCGUGGUCACGACGCACACCGUGGUUUCAGGCGGCGGAGGUGGCAGCUUCGGCGGUGCAUAUUCAUUCCACGGCCAUCCUCCCUCCGCAGCUGGUUCCGGCAUGAUGUGGCACUGGUCCUCGUCUGGUGGCUCGGGCCACUGGGUCCAGGUCCACACGCACGGUAACCUGCCUUUCGACUGCUUCGCCGGCAUCACGGCGGGCUGGUCUGGCGGGAAGAAGCACUUCUGCUGCCUGCACUUUGACAAGGGCUGCUGA